GACAUUUGGGGACCUGGCUCCACACUCCUCGCUCCAAGGGGUCGGCAGGACAGGCUGAAAAUAGAAACAGCUUCCAGAAAGAUAAAGGGGAUGACUCCAGAAGAGUACCCCACUCCUUUGAAGAGCCCGGAGGGAGAUGUCAGCCCAGUCUCUUCCUGCAGCAACUCCCCCUACCCAGAAGCCCCCUCGGAUCAUCCGCCCCCGUCCCCCCUCUCGCCCCAGGGCCGCCCAGUCCCCAGGGCCCCACCACAACGGCUCUUCUCCACAGGAAGCUCCCCUCACCUGUGAUGUCGCAGCCCCGCUGUGCAACCCCCUCCCCUGGGAGCCCCCCGCCUCGGCCCUCAAGCCCCCUGCCCUUCUGCUCCCCUCGGCUUCUAAGGCCAGCCUCGACUCCCAGACUUCCCCAGACUCGCCUUCCAGCACCCCCAGUCCAGUGUCCAGGCGCUCCGUCACCCCGGAACCCGCCCCCCGGUCUCCAGUUCCCCCACCCAAACCCUCGGGGUCACCCCACACUCUGCCCCUGCUCCCCAAGGCUGGUGACCUGGCCCAGGGUGGCUCCGCCUCGGCCCCAGGGUCUGUGCGGAGACUGGCUGGCAGGUUUGAAUGGGGAGCUGAAGGCAAAGUCCAGGCUGCGGAUGUCCCGGAGUCGGGUCCCCAAGGGGCAGUGGAUGUGAACGGGGAGAGAGAGGCUCCACCAGGCAGCCUUGCUGGGAGCGGGUCACAGGAGAAUGGCGCUCCAGAUGCUGCCCUGGCCUGCCCUCCCUGCUGCCCCUGUAUCUGCCACAUAGGCCGGCCGGGCCUGGAGCUCCGAUGGGCACCUGUGGGGGGCUGUGACGACGGACCCAGGGCCUUCUGCCGAGCCUCCCCGCUUCGGGCUUCCCGCUCGCGCCCUAGCCCUCCGAGCCUCAGUCUCCCCUCCGUGGUCCUUACCUCCUACCGCUCCACUGCCGAGCGCAAACUCUUACCACCCCUAAAAGCCCCCAAACCAGCGUGGGUCAGGCCAGACACCACCGCCUCUGGGGACCCCCCGCAGCCAGAUCUCGAUCUGCCCUCGGAAGACGGACUCCCUGCAGGGGACAAUCCCAAUGAAGGUCGUCAGGACACGCCUCCAGCAUCUGUGGAGGGCAGGGACAAGGAGGGGCCGGAGUCGCUGAGGGAGCAGAACUGGGAGCUGCGCCUGCAGGAUGAGCCUCUGUACCAGAACUACCGAGCGGCGGUGCUGUCGGAGGAGCUCUGGGGGGUCGGCGAGGAUGGGGGUCCCUCUCCCACAAACCCCGGCGAAGCUCCCACCUUCGCACGGCCCCCCGGACCCCGCAACACGCUGUGGCAAGAGCUCCCGGCAGUGCGGGCCAGCGGCCUCCUAGACACCCUCAGCCCCCAGGAGAGGCGCAUGCAGGAGAGCCUGUUCGAGGUGGUGGCCUCCGAGGCGUCCUACCUGCGCUCCCUGCGGCUGCUGACGGACACCUUUGUGCUGAGCCAGGCUCUCCGGGACACGCUCACCCCCCGGGACCACCACACCCUCUUCUCCAACGUGCAGCGAGUCCAGGGAGUCAGCGAGCGGUUUCUGGGGGCGCUGCUGUCCCGCGUGCGCGCUUCCCCCCACAUCAGCGACCUGUGUGACGUGGUGCACGACCAUGCCGUGGGCCCCUUCUCGGUGUACGUGGAUUACGUGCGGAACCAGCAGUACCAGGAGGAGACCUACAGCCGGCUGAUGGACACGAACAUGCGCUUCUCGGCCGAGCUGCGGCGCCUGCAGAGCCUCCCCAAGUGUGAGCGGCUGCCGCUGCCGUCCUUCCUGUUGCUGCCUUUUCAGCGGAUCACCCGGCUCCGGAUGCUGCUGCAGGGUGUCAGCGGGAAUGCCCUGCCCCUGGUGUCCUGGUCCAGGCGCCUGGAGUUGCAAGGGGAGCUGACCGAGUUAGGGUGCCGGAGGGGGGGUGUGCUGUUCACGUCGCGCCCCCGCUUCACCCCCCUCUGCCUGCUGCUCUUCAGCGACCUGCUGCUCAUCACUCAGCCCAAGAGCGGGCAGCGGCUGCAGGUCCUGGACUAUGCCCACCGCUCCCUGGUCCAGGCCCAGCAGGUUCCCGACCCGUCUGGACCCCCUACGUUCCGCCUCUCCCUCCUCAGCAACCAUCAGGGCCGCCCCACCCACCGGCUCCUCCAAGCCUCCUCCCUAUCUGACAUGCAGCGCUGGCUGGGAGCCUUCCCCACCCCUGGCCCCCUUCCCUGUUCCCCGGACACCGUCUAUGAGGACUGUGACUGUUCCCAGGACCUGUGUUCAGAGCCUUCCACACCCACCAAGACUGAGGUACGGAGUCUGGAGUCCAGGGCUCCUCCCAGACCCCUGCACAAGAGCCCCGAAGGCUGGCUAAAGGGCUUUCCCGGGGCCUUCCCUGCCCAGUUGGUGUGCGAAGUCACGGGGGAACACGAAAGGAGGAAGCACCUUCGGCAGCACCAGAGGCUCCUCGAGGCUGUUGGGCCCUCUUCGGGCCCCCCCAGAGCCCCCCCACCCUAAGGCCGGCCGGGGGGGGGGGGUCGGUGGUGGUGGGACAGCUGGCGCGUGGCACGGGGAGGGCAAAGCCCAUCCAUCCGUCGGAUUCGCUGUCAGUGCAAACGCUACCUCUAUUGGCAACCAAUAGGGACGGAGCUUCAGGAGAGGGCAGCCAAUGAACACCCGAGAAGGAGAAGGAGGGCGGCUUGAGUGAGUGGCCAAUGGAGACAGAGGUUUAGUGCAGAGCAGCCAAUGGGCGCUGAGCUGGCCGAGCCCCUGGCCAAUGAAUAUCCCUGCUCCGCUCACAGGCAAGAAAGGCUAAGCUCGGUCAAUAAAGUUUUAAAAAGGGCUGCGUUGGAGGUCAAGUCUUAGGAUAAAACAGCCAGUGGCCAUUAGCAGGGCGCCAUCCGGCCACAGGAGAUGGGGGCCUGGGCCCGAGAGACCGGUAGUGACCCUGCCUGGUUCUCCAGCCACGACUGUCCUGCCCUUUGAGUCUGAGAAACUAGAUUCCAUUCCUAGGGUGUCUCCUGUGCCCUCUCAAGCCACUUCCUCCCUUCUAGAAGAAUCCAGAGUGUGCGUCUCAGAGAACCUGUGUGUGUGCGCGCGUGUCUCUGGAUGUAUCCGGGAAGGAGAUUCUGCUGAACAGAGAGAGAGAGAGAGACUGUGUGUGUGUGUGUGUGUGUGGUCUUGCCCCCUCCCAGGUGGCCAAGUGCUCCCUGUCUCCCUUCGCCUCCUGUUUUUCCCAUUAUUCUCUCCAAGGAGGCAGGAGUUCUGAGCUCCGGAGGAGAUGUGCUGGGUGUGGCUUGGCAGGCAGCCAGAGGCCAGCGUUGGGGGUGAGAGGGCUGGGCGCUGG